AUGGCCAUUCUUGGAGUACGUUAUAUCCUACAAUGCCCUAAAUGCCAAUCCUCGAAGUCUCCAUUUAGUAUCAAAAUGGUCAUACCGUCAAAGUCUAUCAAUUUUGCAAUUAAAUUCAGGGGGUGGUGGGGUUUUGGGAAGGAGAGAGAGAGAGGUGGUCAUACUGCACUGUGGGAGGGUGGUGGAGGUGUUAAGCCUGAGGAAGCAGGGAAGAAGGUGAGGACCUUCGGAGUUGGAAGAACCUGCAGAAGACAAAGAGGAAGAAGCAGUCGUCAAGCUUCGGACAUCGGUGUGGUGCCUGCCGAAGGCUCUUCGAUGCUUAAGUCAGCUAUAUGUGGUAAUUUUGGCCGAGUAACAGGAAGUGAAAAUGAGAGUUUUGCACAAAGUUUUGAUGUGGGACUUUGUGCAAGCUUUGGUGGUGACACGUGUCCUUAG